CAGUUACAAGUCGCGUUGAUUCAAUGAAUCUUUAUGUCCACUACAACCACGAUCUUGCACUCAAUGAAUCUUAACCUUCUUCGAGGCGGUGAGAAUUCUCACCUAUAAAAAGAUUCUGGGAAGCCAGAAACUUUAAAGGUGCUGGCGAGUUGAUGUGUGUGAUAUGUUCCUCCUUAACGUUAAGGUCGUUUCUUUCUUCAAACUCAUGAUCAUCUUAUUUUAAAACAAAUUCAAACAUAAAAUCUAAAGAAAAUUCUGCCUUUUCCGUCAAAAUAUUUAUUUCACAUAGUUUCAAUUCCGUUUGUUGAUUUCAUAAACUGGGUUUAUUUGCAGUUCUUCUAAAUAUUACCGGCAGACUGAAACUGAUGUUGAGAUGGCAUUGAAUCCUUCACGUGUUUUGUAUGAAAUGAACAGCGAUGAUGAGCAGUUCCUUGCGAGAAUUCAUGAUCGUGUUCUGAUUGCUGAGAAUAGUGCUUCUUAUGAGAUCACUGAGAACAUGUUUGAGAAGGCUUCGUACGUAAAGCAACUUGAUCACUUUACCUUAAUCGAAAUUCAAGAACUGAUGGCCGGAGCUAGAUCCUUGGAAGCAAUGAAAACAAUAUAUGAGCUUUGGAGAACCAAGAGGCAGAGUAAGGGAAUGCCACUAAUCAUGCAUCUUCAGGAAGGCAAUGAUGAUGAUGGAGAUGCCUGGAACAUAGCAUGGGCCUACUAAGGUUGAUGUUGAUGGUAAUGAUCGUGAGGAAUCACCAACUAUAGGAACAGCUGCACCAUCAUUUUCCAAGGUUGUCAAGAAGGCCUGAAUCGCAUAGGUGAAGUUCAUGAAGUAUUUGGACGCAGUAUUUGCUUUUUGAAUAAUCCUAAGGCAUCAAUUUUGUUUUGUUUUUUUUUCACU